UAUUUAGUUUUCUCAAAAGAGUGAAGUAAGAUAUGCAAUUUUUUCCCCCAGGUGAGAGCAGUGUCAUAAACAGAUGAAACCUUUCCCUCCAAGAAGAUUAAAGAACAUGUUUAGAGGAGUGUUUGCUCUCAUGCUGCUGUGUUGGAAUGAUAAUGUCUUUACCUUGCCCAAAAGAUAGAUGGGAGUAAUUUCUUCUGCUUCUGGCACAACACUAUUGCUAUGAAAGAGUAAGUAUUUCUGUCCUUACAUACUUGUUGAUUGAAACUAGGUAACAUGGAUUUACUGUAGCUUGUUUUUCAUCACUUUUUCACACAAAGACUAGGGGGUAAACAAAACAAAGAGCACUGUCAAAAAGGCUCAUGGUGGUGGUCACGUGGUGUUGAACAAAUAAGAGCCCUUUUGGGCUUCUUCCCCCAAUCCUGUUUCUACUCGGUGAGCAUCCCUUAGCAAAGCCCAUUCUUAUAUUAUAUACGCUUUGUAAUUCAAGGGAGGCUCAAGGUCCAGCUGACUUGCAGUCAGCUUCAGACCAUUAUUUUCUAUUUUGAGACUUGGCUUCUUAAAAUAAUAACUCAUUUGCAAGAGAAAGGCAGACUGUGCCAGGUACAGAUUACUGAGGUAAUGAGAAGAGUUAAUCAAUACCUGCUCAAGGGGACAAAGUUUCUAUAUUCUUCAUGGAAUGUUGCUUUAAGCUCCCAGCCCUUGUUCCAGGCUUAAUAUCUUUUAGUGUAAUACUUCAGUCAGGUAAAGGAUUUUAUUCUUUUAGCUCUGUGCUCCUCUCUUCCUUAAAACCAGCAGCAGUAGCAAGUAAACAGAGGCGUGUAAUGGCACACUUGACUGGCACUACUGCCAUGCAGGAGGAAGGACAUACUGGGAAGUUUCCUACAGUGCAAAACAACUGUAAAUGAUUAAUAAUUAAAAUUGUACUGAACUGGAAACAAUUUCAGGGGAUUUUUUUUCCCUCCUUAAAAAGAAGGCUGUUCCAUAAAAAGUGCAGCAGCACCAAGUAUUUUGCUCUCUGGAGGACACACAUUAAAUGUAGAUACAUUUUUGGGGUGGGUUGUUUGGUUUUGUUUUUUUUUUUAAUCUAAUGUGUAUUGAAAAGAGAGUGAUCCUAUUGGGACAAAAUUACAAACAAACGUUUCAAAAUUGUAUUCUGUCGGUUUUCCUGGACUUGGUCUAAGCUGGAGAGCAGCGGGCAAAAAUAAUGGUGCAUGAUCCUUGAACAGUAACACCCUUGUCGAUAUGGUGAGCCGAUUCCAGAGGACCAGGAACCAUGUCCAGGGCAGUACAGACAAUGACAGCCCCGCAGCAGGAUAAGAAAUUACUAUUUCGCAAUUGGGAGUCCCCUGCCGCCCCCACCACCACCGCCCGUCCCCCUCAGGCCGCCAUGUUGUCUGCUGCGCCUUCGCGGCCGGGCAGAAAAUGGCCUCGGCCGCUGUGGCGGGGCCGGAGCCUUUCCCGGAGCGCCUGCUCGGGCCGAGGACGGAGACUUUCGCCGGGGCAGGGAUUCGGUGUCCCCGGGGAUCCCCCAUCGCUCCGCCCGCCCGGGGCGUCCCGGCGCCGGCAGCGGCCGCCGCCCUCCGGCCUGAGGCGCUGCAGUCGGCUUGGGGCUGAAAAGGGUGUUAGCACCGUCCCUACUUGGCCAAGCCUUGGCCACUGGCACAGCUGUCCUGCAGCUGGCUGUGUCCUGGAGCGAGCUGGCACUGGCUCUGUCAGACACAGGAAACUUCUGGCAGCAUCUCUCAGAAACCCACCCUCGAAGUCCUCUUGGCCACACAAAACCAAUACACACUGGCACAGUCACAACCAUGACACGUUGGGAGUGGAGUCUAUUCUCAUGGACCUUGGAGCAGCACUAUUUCCUCUAAGCUACUGUGAACCUUAGAAUGAUGCAGCAUCUGUAAUUCUGCUCAGGUGGGUGAAAAUAUGCUGGACAGGCAGGGAGUGAGGGGAAUGAUUUAUGCAAGAACUUCAGCUGCCUUCUUCCAUGGUGCCAAACUGAGGAGAGAUGUGGGCACAAGGGAACGGUAUGAACAGAACAUUUCUACACGUUGCUUUCAGUCAACAUUUUGGCAGCAGCUUGGUAUGAAGGAUCACCUUCUUAACAUUUGUAAUUUACAAGCCAUGCUAGUAACAGAUGUAGCUUCAUCUGUCACCAUCAACAAAUUCAAAUACCUCAACUUUGUCAUCUUGGCAGUACUGCUGAAACUUGAGAUUAAUCAACAAAGUAAAAAAAAAAUAGGGUCAAGGGGGAAAAACCUCAAGGGAUAAAACCUAAUACACUCCACCUUACUUUAGGAAACAGAUCAGUACUGCCUUUUUUUUUCCUUAAUCUGAAACUGAUUAUUGGUUGCAGGGUACAGUGAAAAAUAGUUGUUGAUAACUUUGUCUAACAAUGAACAAAAAUGUCUCUCUGGAUUUCCCUUCAGAGGCAUGGCAAGGAAUUGGGGUCUUUGCCAUAUCACAUGAUAAGAAAAGCAGGUUAUUAUAUUUUUAUGUACUGGACUGCUAUAGUU